AUGACCGUCCCGAGGUCAAACAGAGCGGUCGUGCUGGCCGCGGUGGUCUUUAUCACUAUUUUUCUUGGUUUGGCGCAUUUCCACUUGAAGACGCCCAGCGAGACAGCCACUUCCGGAAUCGACGAGCCUGCGCCUUUCAUCCCCGAGAAAGAAGCUGCUGCUUCUGAACCGACUUUCGUCCCUUCUGUCGAUGAAGGAAUUGGCGCUGAGGAACCUGCUGCCGAGAAGCCCGCUGUCAAGGAGCCCGCUGCUCCUGCUAAGGAACCUGCUGAGACCGUCGUCGAGAUCGUCGAGGUUGAGCCUACGCCUUCGCCCGAUGCUGCCGCUGAGGAAGAGCACGAUCACGACCACGACCACGAGCAUGCCCAUGAACAUCAAGUCCACCCCAACAAGGAUCCCGCUGAGGCUCCCGCCGAUGAAGAAGAACUAGCCCAGGCUGCCGACGCAGCCACAGCAUCCGAAACUCCCACUCUGGCCGCUGAGCAGGACGCUACUCCCACACCCGACGAGAUCCCCGAAGCGCCCGCGAUUCCCGAAUUCUCCUCCGAACUCAACCUCAAUGCCUUCACACCCGACAAAUGGAUCAAGCCGGCCGUAAAGGUCAACGAGGCCGAAUACUUCCCCUACGGCCACUGGCCCUCCAAGCUCCCCUCCGACAAGCCCAUCUGGAACGAGCCCCUCGGCAAGAAGCUCUGCAUUAUCGAUCUUGAGAGUCGUUCUUUCAAUAAGCCUGGCCAGAUCUGGUCGGACGAGAUGACUUGGAACAAGAGCAAGGAGGUCCACGGCCCGUCUGGUGGUACAUUGAACCACUGGGUCUACGCCAAGAUCCACGGAUACCAGUACUACCACAUCACGAUUAACGGCUACCCCGACCGUCGCGAUUCCUGGAAGAAGCCCUCCGUCCUCUCGCAAGUCCUCAAGAAGCAUGAUGUCUGCGUCUUCAUUGACUCCGACGCUCUGUUCAAUAAGCUCGACCUUCCCAUGGAGUGGCUCAUGAACUACUGGAGCAUCGACCCCAAGAACAACUCCAUGGCUCUCCCAUACGAUCCCGACACCCAGCACAACCGCGACCGCAAGAACAACCUGUUCCUCAACACUGGUUUCAUGAUCAUGCAGAACAAGCCCAAGACCUACGAGAUCUUCAAGGAGUGGGACGACUGCCCCAACGAAGGCGGUCGUUUCCCCGGCUGCACCGAGUUCCGCAACCGCAAGGGCUGGCAACCAACCGACCAGGGCGGUUUCGGCACCUUCAUCCGCUACGAGUAUCCUGGCGAGAUUCUCUCUCUGCCUUGCGACGAGGCCAACGGUUUCCCUGAGAGCAACUCUGGGUGCAACGGCAAGUUCAUCAAGCACGUGUGGAUUGGCAAGGAGGAUCGUCUUGUCCAAGCUGUCGGCGCUGUCUUCCCUGGUGUCCUGCUGGAGACUUUCCACAAGCAGUUCCUUAAGGAGUCUGAGAGCUUCAAGACUUCUGAGGAUGAGCUCAUCAAGCAGAAUGGAAAGCCUUGGUAA